AUGAGUCGGCAACGUGAGAUGAUCACCCUCGCCCUGCGCUCGACGGAAAAGCAAUAUGAUUACGAGGCGCCUACUCGUCUGCAGGGCGGCGGUUGGGAUGAGGAGGGGGACGAGGAUGGGUCCUGGGCCAACCGCCGCACCGCUGAUCGCUCCUUUCGGCGCUUUUUUAAGAAGUUUCAGCAGGUGGUCGAGAGCUGCGAUGUGCUGCUUCAGGUCGUGGACGCGCGCGACCCGCUCGGUUGUCGACUCACACAACUCGAACAGACCAUCCGCUCAACCUACGGCGAGGAUCGUAAGAAGAUCGUCAUCGUGCUUAACAAGGUCGAUAUGCUCCCUUCCAGAAGGGUGGUGGAUAUGUGGAUUCACUACUUCCAGUCCCAUGAAAACAUCGCCUGCAUUCCAUUCUCUGCCACCGCGAGCGGAGCUACCGGACAAAGCUACGCACACGAGCUUUUUAAACAACUUCGGGCAUUGGCUCGCGGCGGGGGGUCUGAGGAUCGCAAAUCGAUUGUUGUUGGUGUGAUUGGCUACCCCAACGUUGGCAAAAGUUCGAUCAUCAAUGCGCUUAAACGAAAGAAUGUGGUAGGGGUCGGAAAUAUGCCAGGCUUCACGACAGGAAACACCGAGGUGGAGCUGCGUUCUGAUAUUCGUAUCAUGGACUGCCCGGGGGUUGUUAGUCCCGGUGAGGAUAGUGGCGAUGUGGUCCUGCGCAAUGCGGUGCGUGUUUCAGACCUCGCGAAUCCAUUUGCCCCGGUCCAGCGUCUUUUGGAGCGCUGCACGGCGGUCCAAGAGGUGAUCGACUCGGACGACGAAGACGCACACCACCACCACACGCUGAGGGAAUCGGGGGUUCACCCGCUCGCGGCGAUCUAUGGCAUCGGGUCCUUUCCGGCGAAUGACGUUAUCGCCUUUAUCCAUCUCGUCGGGCUAAGACGGGGUCGUCUUAGCAAAGGAGGUCAGGUCGACGAGGAGGCCACCGCUCGGAUGAUUUUAAGUGACUGGAAUGAUGGGCGAAUUGCGUACUACACCUAUCCGCCCAAAGUGGACGAUAUUUUUACGCGCUCGAGCCAUGACUACAAGGCGUUGCGGGGGCGCUUAGCAAACGAAGUCAGCAGUGCCAAAGAUGAGGAGGCCCCGCAGCUCGUGUCGAACCUAGAGAGCGGCAUCACGAUGGAUGGCCUACCUGUUUUCCACCUCAGACUGAGUACAGCAUCAACAAAUGCUCACAAUCGGAAGAAAAAAUGGAUCCAUCAAUAUCAUGCUGAAGAGGAGUUAAGUGAACAAGACACGGAUGAGGAGCUGUAG